AUGCCGCUCCUGCAGUCGCUCCUCCAUGCGACGGCGUUCCGCACGCCGCUCCUGAGGACAUUGGUGCCCUCUGUUGCGCUUGCAUACGGAAUCCAGACAGCCGUGGCAGUGCCUUCGAUUGCGGCACAGACGGAACGCUUCUACGACCUUAGCGGCAGUUUGACCUACAUCUCCUGCACAGCGCUGUCAUUCUUCAUGCCAUAUCUGCGAGCAAGGAGCACGGGAGCCUUCGCCGGUGGCUUGGCAGAGUAUCUGAGUGCGCCGGCGCCAGGACAGGGAUUAUGGUGGUGGAGACACGCCGUGUUGAGCGCUGCGGUGGGAAUCUGGGCUACGAGAUUGGGUUCGUUCCUUUUCAAACGCAUCACCGAAGACCAGGGCACAGACUCCCGCUUCGACAACAUCCGCUCUUCACCCGCAAAGUUCUACGGCGCCUUCUUUGCCCAGGCAACCUGGGUCUCUCUCUGCACGCUCCCAGUCGUGCUCGUGAACAGUCUGCCACGCUCUGCAUUUGCCUUGUCCCGCCUCGCGAAUAUCACUUCUGCUAUUCCACCCGUUGUAUCCGCCAAGCCGUACCCAGUCGAACUGCUCGGCCUCGCUAUCUUCGUCUUUGGACUGACCUUCGAAGUCAUCGCCGACAGGCAGAAAUCCCAAUGGAGCCAAGAGAAGAAAGAGAAGAAGCACUCCGAGGAAUUUCUUACACGCGGACUGUGGUCAAAGUCUAGACACCCCAAUUACUUCGGCGAAAUUACGCUCUGGAGCGGUAUUGCAAUUGCGGCGUCUGGCCUCCUUCUGAAGCAGCCAGCGCAGGCAGGUCUGGGACUGAGUGGUGCCAGUGGCAAGAUUCUUGUUGCCGGUAUGUGUGCUGCGAGCCCGGCUUUUGUGGCAUUUCUGCUGCUCAAAGUCAGCGGGAUCCCGUUGAGCGAAAACAAGUACGAUAGGAAGUUCGGUGAUAGAAAGGAUUACAAGAAGUGGAAGGAGGAGACGCCCAUGCUCAUCCCGAAGUUCUGA